AUGUUGCAUGAAGCAAGGGACAGGCAGAAGUUCGUGAGUAAUGUUCAAUAUCUGCGGGACAUGCAGCAUAAGGUGGACUCUGAGUAUCAGGCUUGUCUGAGACGACAGGAAUACAGAAGAGACCCAAAUGAGAAGAAACGAGAUCAAUUUGGGGGGCCAGAGACAAAUUUGGAGAGAUCCCGGUUUUCAAGUGGGUCAUCUUCCAAACAGAGUUCUGCUGAGGAGGAUCCUCUAGCCGAACCAAGACCAUUCACCAAGAGUUCUGCGGUUAAAUGUGAUUCCAAACUUCCAGCAAUUGACCAAACAUCAGUCAAACAGAAACAUAAAAGUACCAUGACUCCAAGGAAGGUGGAGAAAGCAGGCCCCAGCAAACCCUCUUCAGCAACCCAGGCACCACAGAUUUUAUCAAGGAAGAGGAGGCCAAACUUGGGGAGACUGACAGUCAGCCCAGAAACGCAGAGCCCAAGAGUGCCGGGGGACAGAAGCAGACUGAAGACGCAGGCCCUCAGGGGACCAGAUCCAGUAGUUCAACAAGAGGGCCCAAUGCGUGCAAGUGACACUAAGCCAAAGAGGCCAACUCGAGAGAGAAGAAGCUUAGUUUCAUCCUCACAGCUAAUGACCAUGACUGAGAAUACCCCUGAGAGAGCCAAAAAAGGAGACCCAAGUGCUCUUUCCCAGAAUGAGCCACAUCCAGGCCUAUGUCAGGCCUUCCAAGGAACAAACAGCCCUCAAGUGUUGAGUGAGUCCUUGGGGCCACCACUCCAAACCACCACCACGGGAGGACCAAGAAGGGCACCAUUUAGGUUCAGAGAUGAAGACUUUUAUGCCAUUUUGUCAUUAAACCCUGGAGGAGAAGGUGAUGACACUGAAGAAGAGACCCUAGUAGAGGAAGAAAUUUUAUUGGCUGGUAUGCACCUGCCUCGUUCUCCUCCCAAUCAUAAGAGAAGUCGAUUUCUUGGGAUAUCAGUCUCUCAGGCCAAAAAUAAAAAUUUUGAAGAAAAUCCCGAAAAUUGCAGAGCUAAUUCUGUAAGAAGAAAUGAGUCUAGUCAUGGCUCAUUAAGAAUAAGCAAUACAAUGGUGCCUGUGAUAGAGCCACCUCCUGUUGGGCCAAGGGUGUUUCAAGACCCCGAGCCACCUGACGGGGGGUCUCCUAAAGACAAUGACAGUGGUGACAGUGAACAUGAGGAUGGCACCUUUCCUUCAUGGGACACAAAAUCCGACACUAGUCUAGAUGGUGACCUCAAUGCUGAAAAUGGAUUUAGAGAUUGUACUUCGAUGGAAGAUAGGCCUGGUACCCGCGAUUACGAAAGAGAUUGGCAUGCCUAUUUAAACAGUUCUAGUAGUUCUCUUGACCAUUUUCUUUCUAGUAGGCCAACGGCUCCAAGAUCACCAGUGAAUUCAUCUUAUAACACUCCUGGAUCAUUAAUGCAUUCUGCUAUGAGAGAGGAUAUUCCAGUAGAUUUGUCAAUGUCGUCUACCUUCGUUCAUGGUGCAGACUCAGAGGGAAACUCAAGGUUUAAUGUUCGUCGACCACUGUCCCCCAUUAGAAAUAGGAAUCCAUAUGUCAGUGCUGAAAACCAUAGUUAUUUUCCAGUAAACAGUGCACAUGAAUUUGAUGUCAGGGGAGCAGAAGAUGUUACUUUAACAAGCCCAUCACAGGGGGCUCCAUUAUACACAGAAGACCUCUUACUCCAUCCUCAAAGCAACUUGUCCUUGGUGGAGUCUUCCAGCUCCUCUCCAUCAAGAAUGAACUUACAAGGCCAUUUGCAUGUGCCUGGGUCCCUGCAAGAAAACAUACCUUUUACUUUCUUUGCAGUCUCUGAUUUCCCAAAUCAAAAUGAUAAUGGAAACAGACCAGCAGUCUCUGCUUUCCUGGAUGAAAAGGAAGCCACUAAGAUAAAGGCAGACCCCGAGAAACUCAAGAAAUUAACAGGGCAGCAUAAAUGUUCUUGCAAAUGUGUCCUGGUGCACACGGGAAGAGUUCUCUGGGAUAUUUAUCUAGGGGUGGAAUUGCUGAGCUACAGUCUCCUGGAGGAGGACUCGGAGGAGGAGGAGGGAGAUCUGUGUCGAAUCUGUCAGAUAGCCGGGGGUUCCCCAACCAACCCCCUCCUGGAGCCUUGCGGCUGUGUGGGAAGCCUGCGAUUUGUUCAUCAGGAGUGCCUGAAAAAGUGGCUGAAAGUGAAAAUAACAUCAGGAGCGGAUCUAGGCACUGUGAAGACCUGUGAGAUGUGUAAGCAAGGCCUUCUGGUCGAUCUGGAUGAUUUUAACGUGACCGACUUCUACCAGAACCACCAGCAAUCCCGGGCACAGAAUGAGCUGAUGAAUUCAGGCUUGUACCUGGUGCUGCUGCUUCACCUCUAUGAGCAGAGGUUUGCAGAACUCAUGAGGCUCAACUACAACCGAGUUGCAAGGGAGAGGUUGUCAAGAAAUUACCCACAAUCCAGACCGGAAGAAAAUGAAAGUUCUGAGCUGGGGGAUGGAAAUGACAGCAACAGCCCCGUCGUCUAG